AUGGCGGCAGCCACCAGCGGAGGGAAUGUCACCUCGCCCCAGCCAGCACCUGACAGGAUACAGUCCCGAUCAGGCGGCGUCUUUGAAUCGAAUCGUCACAUCUACCAGCCGGAAACCCUUGUCAAGUCAUAUCCCAACACCCACGAGCGCGCCAGGCACCACGACGGCGUCCCAGACAUCAAUCAUGCAUCUGAUCCGGCAACAGCUGUGCCUCUGCCGUUGAUCCUCCAGUAA